CUGCAGAUAGUUAUUUUGAAGAAGGAGUGGUUCCUUAUAAUGACAGAAUACAGUUGAUUUGUAAUAAUCUCCUGUGGGUCGCCAAGAUUAGUUGAAUGAACUGACACUACGUCUUUCUGGAUGUGAAGUACAAUGAAGACACAAUAGACAAGAGGUGCAACAUUCAGAGAAAUGCACAAUUCAUGGUCAGUACCCUGUCUAGCCUGGCAGAAGAUUGAGAGGGUGAAGACUGUGGCGCCAGAGUUGAAGCCCAUCAAAGCUGUUUCACCAUGGAACAUGAUCGUUCAGUGUACUUGCAGGUUCAUGUGCGCAUGUGCCACUACUCUACAUGUGUCUAUUAAAGUAGAGUCAGUACUCAGAGAGACUCAGACAGACAGAGAGACAGGCACCAUGUCUCCCUCCCAGUCCUCCCUAAUACUGCUGCUGAUGGUCUCCUGCUCCUGGGCCACCCACUUCUCAGGAGGAACCAUGACCUUCAACCCCAGAGGGACCAACCCAGACGGAACCUACAGGGUGGACCUUCGUUAUAAGACAGCCAUUCACCCAUCAAUAAUCUUUCCCGUCUGUGUUUCUGAUACCUGGUGGUGUGUCAGUGGGGACUGUGGGAAUGAGACCAGUCUAGUGGUUAACACAGUGGACCAGGAGAUAUCUGAGGACUGGUGUCAGGUUGAAGGAGUCAUGACUAGACACGUCUUCAGUAACACACAGACUUUUGAUCUGCGAUUUAAUGGCAGAAACUGGAUAGACAAUGAUAAUUCUGUUUUUAUUUGGAGUCUGUCGACUCAUGUGGAUCUUGGGGUCAGGUCUGACAUGGGGACAGUCAACCGAUCUCCACAGACCACUGUCAUACCUCUAAUGCGUGUCCCUGCUAAUUGUCAAAGAGAUUUCAACCUGUUGUCAUUUGAUCCAGAUGGUGAUAUGGUCAUAUGUAGAUAUGCAGUACCAACGGAGGAGUGUUACACAUCAAGUGACCUUCCUAAUGACUUCACUCUACGAGAGAACUGCACCUUGUCAUUUUGGGGCAACAGUAAUACCACUGGAACAUAUGCAGUUCAGAUGGUGAUGGAGGAUUUCCCGACUCAGUCCAUCUCUCUCUCCUAUACUGACGGAUCUCAAUCUAACAGGACCUCAAACAAUACACUCUGCAAACUGCCUGUUCAGUUUGCAGUGAGAGUGGACCCCCCGGUGACAUCCUGUAUGGAGGGGCUGUACCUACCCAUGUUCCUGUCUCCAACACCAGCCCAGGGUGCACUGCUGAACGCCUCUGCAGACCAACCCCUGGAAAUCACUGUCAGAGCACAGGCUACCAACUCCACGGUUUCAGAGCUGUUGGUGAGUGGACCUUCCGGUAUCACAAAGAACACCACUGAUCCAGAAGAGUACCUUCUAAGAUGGACGCCCACUGAGGAUGAGGAGGGAGGGUACUAUCCUGUGUGCUUCAUCGCUCAGGGAGUGAACAACAGUUCCAAGUAUCACUCUGAGCUACGCUGUGUGAUCGUCAGGGUUGGAAACACAAGCGCCAUCAGAACCACAGAGCCUACAACCUCCCCUCCUCUGACAAUAAACCUCACAACCACAGAGGAGCCAACAACCUCCCCUCCUCUGACAAUAAACCUCACGACCUCACAGAUUGCACCUGAACUUCCAACCACGCCCACAAAUUUCAGUACAUACGCAACCACAGCAUCCCCAACUUUAAGUACAAACCCAACCACCGAUCUCACAACCCAUAUUGUGGACAGUACAACAAAGAACAGUGGGCCUAGAUACGUUGUAGUACUGAGGAUAAAAGUGUCCUCUCUGAUCCCACUGACGGAUAAUUACAUCAGAAACGUGGUGUUUCAGCAGCUCCGUGAGGAACUGAUCAGACUAGGGCUGCCAGGGGACUUCACGCUACGCCUGUUAGCCACUCAUGACAUCAGUCCCUGAGGGAGGGACAGGAAUUCAGCUCAACUUUCUUCACUUCUACUUGUCUUUUCUUCCUGGUUCUGAUUCUGCAGAUAGUUCUUUUGAAGAAGGAGUGGUUCCUUAUAAUGACAGAAUACGGUUGAUUUGUAAUAAUCUCCUGUGGGUCGCCAAGAUUAGUUGAAUGAACUGACACUACGUCUUACUGGAUGUUAGUUGAAUGAUUUAAAAGUAAAUGAUUUAUGUCUACAAGAAGAAAUGCAACAUAAAUAUGAUUGGUAAUGUACAGAGGUAGACUGAGGUUCUUUCCUGUUUGGUAAUGUACAGAGGUAGACUGAGGUUCUUUCCUGUUUGGUAAUGUACAGAGGUAGACUGAGGUUCUUUCCUGUUUGGUAAUGUACAGAGGUAGACUGAGGUUCUUUCCUGUUUGGUAAUGUACAGAGGUAGACUGAGGUUCUUUCCUGUUUGGUAAUGUACAGAGGUAGACUGAGGUUCUUUCCUGUUUGGUAAUGUACAGAGGUAGACUGAGGUUCUUUCCUGUUUGGUAAUGUACAGAGGUAGACUGAGGUUCUUUCCUGUUUGGUAAUGUACAGAGGUAGACUGAGGUUCUUUCCUGUUUGGUAAUGUACAGAGGUAGACUGAGGUUCUUUCCUGUUUGGUAAUGUACAGAGGUAGACUGAGGUUCUUUCCUGUUUGGUAAUGUACAGAGGUAGACUGAGGUUCUUUCCUGUUUGGUAAUUUACAGAGGUAGACUGAGGUUCUUUCCUGUUUGGUAAUGUACAAAGGUAGACUGAGGUUCUUUCCUGUAGACAGGUUAUUAAACAUUGGGAGAUAUAAUGUUGUUUUCCUUAAGGUGUGAAUCAUAUAGACUGUGUUUGAUUAGGCUUAGAGGACAAGGCCUUAGGAGGUUGAUAAUGAUACGUUAUAAUGGUAAAAUGUUAUAAUGUUUAAAAUAUUGAUGUAUUAAGAUAUAAGUGGAGUAAUAAAUUAGGUUGUAGAAAGACUAUAAUUUAGUUAAAGGUAGGAGGGUGAAGGGAAUAGGAAAGUUUCAUGUUUGAAAAAUGUAUGUUUUAAGAAGUUGAUGUUCAUGAAGUAUAUUAAGGGUGCUAGCUUGAUCUGGAAAUCCCCAGGUCAGAGCAGCAAGUAGGUUGAAGCGUACGUUCUGCCUAGGUGGGAAAACGUGGAGGUUAGUGGGGGCUGAAAAAGCACCUUUUGAGAAGAUGGAUGCAUUCAUUAGGUGUUAACCACCGAAGGCAUCAGUGGAGCAGGUGGUCAUCCUGAUGAUUUAUCAGAAGAGGCAUUAAGGGUAUAAAGGAAGCAGGUUUCAUGGGAAGGGAAUGACUCUCUUUGAGUUUGCUAGAAGAACCUGUCGUCUGCUGGAGAAAGACUUUUACUGAAGCUUUUUAACUUCAGAUUCAUUUAGAUUUUUAAUAUACUUGAUUUUUAUUCUGAAAGUGUUCUAGUACAUUCUAGGAGAAACCCUAAAGGUUACCUCACUUAUAGGAGUGUUCUAGUACAUUCUAGGAGGAACCCUGAAGGUUACCUCAUUGAUAGAAGUGUUCUAGUACAUUCUAGGAGGAACCCUAAAGGUUACCUCAUUGAUAGGAGUGUUCUAGUACAUUCUAGGAGGAACCCUAAAGGUUACCUCACUGAUAGGAGUGUUCUAGUACAUUCUAGGAGGAACCCUUAAGGUUACCUCAUUGAUAGAAGUGUUCUAGUACAUUCUAGGAGGAACCCUAAAGGUUACCUCAUUGAUAGGAGUGUUCUAGUACAUUCUAGGAGGAACCCUAAAGGUUACCUCACUGAUAGGAGUGUUCUAGUAGCUGUUAGUUUUUUAGACACCAACUGAGGGACUGAGCAUCCUGAAGGGGGAGACAAAAAGCUGUUUAUAAAUUGUAGAAGGUAAGAACUUGUUUUUCUUGUUAUUGAACACUGUGCUUCUCAUAAAAUUGUUAUAAACCAAACAUAUUUUAUUGACACACACUAAUAAGGGUUUAGAUAAGGGUUUAGUUAAGGGUUUAGUUAAGGACGCUGAAGGCAUCUCUCAAUUUAAUCCAAGUUAUAUUUUUGCUUAUCAUCGAUUGGGGAUAUUGAUUUAUGAUUGAUUGAUUGAUCUGUGAUUUUUAAUGCCCGUUUCUGGAAUUUUGAAUAAACUUGUUUUAUUGUUCUGAAA